CACUGGCGAAGGAAACAUGAUGAGGUCGUGGACGCUCCUAGUGCUGACGGCGGCGCUGAUGGCGGCGUCGGGCGAGGAGCUGGGAAACAUCGAGGUCAUCACGAGAGGCGAGCUCGGCCAGAGGCUCGGCCAGAGGCUCGACCGUCCCGUUGGAGGAAGCAGCCUGGUACUCCCCUUGGCUGGCCCGGUACAAGGCGACGUCCCCCCGCCGCUGAGUUACCUGCCCCCGGUCCAGACACCCCUUCCGAUCGAGGUUACCCCAGUGCCCCUACCUACCCCGAUCCAGCCUCAAACCGACUACCUGCCCCCUGUGCCCGUGGGACAGCCUCAGGUCGAAACACCCACAGGAUUGUAUAACCCGCCCUCAGCCUCCAUCCCCGACACAAAUUUCCCCAUCGGAACAGGGGUAAGUGGCGCUCUGCUGUCCAAGGGCGCUGGCUUCAGCAGCCUCUCGCAGACGGGAAGCGGGGGAAGCUAUGGAAGCGGUUUUGACAGCAGCUAUGGCACUAACUAUGGCACCAACUCCAGGCCAGUGAGCAGGCCUUAUCCAGCAGACCCCUACCCAAUCUACCCUCCAUACCCGCAGCCACAGCCUCAGCCCGUGUACCCCGCCCCCGUGUAUCCCGUCUACAGACCUAAGCCCAAUCCCUUCGCCGCCUUCAAGGCCAAGGUGGAGCGCAUAGUGCAGGCCAAGAAGCUAGCCGCCGCCCUCAAGCACGCAGCCUACAAGCAGAGUAUCGAGGAGAAGUACCAACCGACCUACCCGACUUAUCCCUCUUAUCCGACCUACCCGACUUACCCGACUUACCCGACCUAUCCCGGCCACUCGACCCACGGCCACGGCGGCGCACAGAAGGGAAAGUUCUUCGGCUUCCAAAGUUUCAAUGCUCCUCGUCCCGGUUACCAUCACGGUGGAUGGUAGAGAAGGCGGUGCUGCCAUCUACACGGUGAAAGCAACGGCAAAGUUUCUCCGGGAAAUAGCUGAUUGUUAUAAUUUUACAAAUAGGUUUAGUCGUAAAAACUAAAGUAACUAUUUUCAUAUUUGGUGUUGUACAUUUGUCCGUUUUUUUUUUUUUU